CACCGCCGCGCCGCUCCCGGCGUGCCGCGCGGCGCCAUGGAGCGGGCGGCGGUGCUGCGCGUGAAGCGGAAGCGCGGCGGGCCGGAGCCGGCCGAGGCGCUGCUCCUCGCCUGCAAGCGGCGGCGCGCCGAGCCGGGCGGCUCGCCCGGGCCCCCGCGGCUGCAGAAGGAGCUCUUCAAGCUGGUGGCCACCGUCUCCUCCAAGGACGAACCCGUUCAGCAGUACGUGCAGGAGGUGAUCACCCGCGGCAAGGCGGCUCGCAGCCUGCGGCCCUCCUCGGGAAGCGCCCAGCGGAUCUUGCAGGAUCUCCGCGCCGCCAGGCAGGCGAGCAGGAGGGAGAACCGCUACCGCGUGGUAGCCAGCCACCGGCCGUCCUCCUCUGAAAGCCGGGUUGCGCCUGGCGUGAACGGCAAGGCGCCGGCUGAUGGCGACAGCUCAGACUCUGAAGCACGGAAAGAUGCUUCAGAAAAAGGCAGCCGUGCUGCUGAUGAGAGUUCAGACUGCUGUGGGAAAUUCCAGUUAUUUGAUAUUGUACAAGAAGAGGAGGUGGCGGAAGACUCCAGCCUAACAGCGGCGAACCCGCAGAAAACUGGUGAUCCAGAUGUGAUUCUCUGCAAUGCAGUAGAGAUGAUUCGUGAGCGUUUAAAUGUUUCUGAAGACGGUAAGAAAGUAGAACACCAUGAGAAAGAAGAUGAAUAUGUUUAUGACAUCUACUAUAUGGAAACAUCAGCCGCUGGUUGGAUCCAAAAUAUCCUGUCCGUCCAGCCCUAUAAAGAGGAGUAUGAACUGGUAGAUGAUGAUCAUGUUCCAGGGGAAAUAUAUGAAGAUGAAGAUGAUGAAAAUGAUGAAAAUAACUGGCGUAAUGACUAUCCUGACGAAGAUGAGUUCUUACCCGAGGAAGAUGGUGAUGCAGAAAAAGAGUCUGAAGAGAGCUUGAGUGAUGAAGACCAAUGUUUCAGGAGAAGAACAUGGAACAAAUACUGUCAUGAGGUCCUACAAGAAUUUGGAUAUGAUGAGGUCCAGGAUUUGGAUUCUGACUGACAGGGUUUUUCUUUUUUCUUUGUUUUGGUUUUUAAGAUGAAAUGCAAAGAACUUGCAGCAGAACUGAAAUUCUAGAAAGCUGCUGGUGGCUAUUUUUGAGACUGUAUAGCUUAAAAAAUGGAAAAGCACUUUCUGGUAAAAGCUGUACUCAUUGGGACAGUAGGAAGCCAAUCUUUAAAUGGAUGAAUUUAAGCUAAGCUUUUCCUGUCUGACCUUCGGAAAACAUUCUGAAACUUAGUGACUCACAUGGUUCACCCUAAUGCUCACUGGUUAGGCUUGAGCAUUAGAUACAACUAGACUUUAGGAUUCCGGUAAAUAAUAAAAGCUCAUUUUAAUAUCUGAGCUGUGUCACAAAUGUUCAGCCAACUUCAGCUGGUAGAUAUUGAACAGAUGAGUGGCACUUAACAUGCAUUUUCUUUCUUAAGCAGAAGAUAGUAUCUGAGUUGGGGGUUUGGUUUUGUUUGUUUUUUUUCUACCUGUUCUAUGAUGCUGAGGUAGUGGAGAAAGCUUUUUUUUUGAGCUGCAUGCCCAAUCAUUUAUAUCAAGAUGGGUAAUGUUAUAUGUGGAGGUACUGUAAGCAGCAGCCCUUACUGUAGUCACUAAGGCAUAAGGUUUUGCAGGAUGAUGUCUAGCAUGUGGCAAGAGAUGUAGGUCUCCCUAUAAAGCAAGUAGGAGUCCUAGAAAAAGGCACUCUGCUUCUUCCUGUGUUUAAGCUUGUCAUCUUUGCAAGCAUUUGGCCACAUGAAAUACCUUGACCUGACCAUUUUAUUGCUGGGUAUGUCUUCUGUACUUUUACUACUGGAGUAGAGUAACUUAUAUGCAUUUACACUGUAAAUAAAGAAUCUUUGUGGACUGUU